AUGAAAUGUGAUAACAUCACUUCAGCUCUUAGGGGCAUGUCACCAGAACAAAAACAAGCAAUCUUAAGAAUGGGUUUUGGGUCAAUUCUGCAAGUAAAUAUAACAAGUUAUCUGGGGCAACUAAGCUACUACCUUUUAGAUGUGUAUGAUGUUGAUACUAGAAGACUUGUCCUACAAAACUCUGUUAUUGAGAUCACAGAACAGACAUUCCAUGAUAUGAUGGGGUUACCAAUUGGUGGAGUAGACAUCAAUGAUUUGCCGUUGUGUGACAAGGGGAAUCAAAUUCUGGAAGAAUGGAGGGGACAAUAUAGUUGUGAUAAGUUCAAUGGUGAGGAGUGUUUAAGAAGAAUUCGUGCUACAUCAAAAGAUAGUUUGAUGUUUAGGCUCAAUUUUUUGACUCUUUUCGUUAACAACUUCAUAGAGUCAAUGUUGAUGGGAACAAAUCAAUUGGUGUACAUGUAUAACAUGAACUAUUCUAUAAAGUUAGAUAAAAGGCUUUCUUUUAUUGGGCAUAUAACUGGUGCUAAUUUAUUAGAGAUUCAAUGCUUGAAAAUCAGUUUGGGAGGGUUCGAAAGGCAAUUUCGGGAUGAGCAUGACGAUGUCGAUAUGAAUGAUGAAACAGGAGGUGAAGAGAAACAAUUGGUCAGUUUUAAGAGAGAUUUUGGAGAUGAGGAGGCGUACGCUGCUGUUUUAGAGCAUCAUUAUGGGUUGAUUUUAACAGAAAAAAUUACUAUGGAGGUUGCGUUGAAGGAUGGUUUGGAAAAGUUUCCUGAUAGUGUUGUGUUGAAAGAGUGGAUGGAAAAGAUGAAUGAGCUUUUUAGGGAAGUGCAUGAAGGCGCAAACAACAAAAAGUGA